AUGCGCCAUUUGGAUGUGGAAUGGAAAAGGACUCGCAAGCAAGCGAUCGUAAAGACCAAUGAUCUGAACCAAAGUGGCAUUGAACUGGAAGUUCUACCGAUUAAACAGGAAGGCGUCGAGUUCGAUAUGAGUAUUUUCUACAAGGCAAGUUCCAAGGGGAGUACGCUGUGGUUCACGACCCUCCUCUCUGUGUGUCUCUCAAAACAGGUAUUUGCGCUGGCUCUCUACGUUCCGCGGCGUGACGUUGUGCCCCACAUUGUAGCCCUUCUGCCGCAGGCCGAAAAACUGGGCGACUCGGGCACUCAACUGGCACCGGCCGGGUUCCAUGUCAUUCAGCUCCCUAUUCUUGUUAUAGCUGUUGACGAGCAAGUCGAGGCGGCCAAAGCCAUUAUAAAGAAUUUGAUGAUACCAUAUGACGUAGAGACGGUUGCGAACCCUCGUUUACUCAAACACUAUGCGGAACUCGAGGCCCUUGCUCUCGAACGCCAGGCAGCUGGAACCGUUGCCGACCACACGCUUCCAAACAUGUCGGCAAUCAAACGGCGUGCUGGCGAAAAUUUAAAGUCUCUUCAACAAGCUGUAGGCCUCCUUUCAAAUGUCGAGAAAACUGCCAACAAGAAGAAGAAGAUAGUUGAUGACAGCGGCAAGGGAUCGGAAUUGACAGCUUCCGAACUACAGAAACUUUCGCAGUCCCCUGGCGGCUUGGCCAAGAUGACAGUGCCAUCACUGAAGCAGGGCGUCUCUCUUCUUAAAUUGAAACCUGCAUCCACGAGAAAAAACGAUCUUGUUGAAGCUAUCCAGUCAUACUUCCAAAGUUAA